UUAUGCAACUUUGAAAAUUUGCAUACAGAAUGUACACACGGAGUGAUAACACAUGAGUACACAGGUGUUGCACUACGUUUGUUGUGCUUUUUACUGCAACACUGGCUGCGAGAGCUACCAAAUCAUUGAUCUUAUGAUCUUACUAUCGCGUUGUUUUUAAUCAAUUACUGACUCAGCCAGUGACUGCACUGUGUUUCCUUUGAAAGAUUUGAGUCUGCCAGUGCCAGUCACAGAUGAAUCUUGUACCUUUUAAUUCCGUCUGAAGACUUUCUGGUGUUUUAUGUUUGGAUUUUGAAUUGCAAUGUUUGAGAUUAUUAUUAAUCAUGUUUACAAAUUUCCAUUUGAUCUUGUGGCGAGGACACAUUUUGCAAAGUACCCAACGAGCAAAGAGCAGAAUGUUACUGGAAUGAAAACGGUUGAAGAAAUAUCAGAUCUUAAAACAGGUAUAGAAUACAAGCGGAGAAUAGCAUCCUGCAAAAAUGUACUUCCCUCAAUAUUUAGAAGGAUACAGGUUCUCAAUGAGAAGGCUGUGUAUCUUGAAGAGGAAACUUGGUACGACCGGCGACAUAAGAAGCUCUACGUCAAGAGCAGAAGUCUGACAUGGAACAAAUAUGCAGAUUCAUGGGAGGAGUCAGAGUUUUCCAUCUGCCCAGAGAAUGAGAAAUGGACUCAGUUAAAACAAUCAGGGGGUCUGCACAUCAAAGGCUUUGGUAUACUUGGAGGAUUGGUGGAGACGUUUCUUCAAGGGUUUGCCAAGAAAGGAGGGAUGAAGGCAAUUCAGGUAAUGGAGGAAUUAAUGAUGGAAACCGUGUCUGAUUAAGAUCCCAUCAGUGACGUGUUGGCGCCAGUCAUCAAACUGACAUAGAAACACUACAGGGAUGAUGCAAGAUAAAAAACUGUUCAAGAUUGACUAAUUUCUUGAAAAAGAAGUGAGGACGAGUUCGAUCUGAACAAUUGAUCUUUAAUUCAUAACCCCUGGUGACGGAAUAAUCUCUUUUAAGUGAGGAUUAUGUGAUUUGAGACGAGCUGAGACGCGGUGAAGACAUACUGCACGGCAGGUUGAAUGUUCUCGCAAGUAAAUCUGUAUUCAAGGCUACAGUAAAUGGAUUAUCAAUAGCCUAAAGCCCGGUUCACACUUCCUGCAAAUGCUUCUGAGACGCGUUUUUCCCUGCGCAGGCCUGUAUGCUUAAUUUUAGAAAGGGCAAGGGCACCAAGGUAUUUUCUCCUUGAUAAAGAGCACCCUAUGAGGAAAUUGUCAAUUUCUACUGGAGCAUUAUAAGGGCACCAAGGCAAUGAACAGGGGGCAAAUCAGGCCUACUUGCGUCACAAUUGGAAUAGCGCCUACCAAUUACUGCGCCACCAAAAUUCCCUUCGCAGGAUGUAUGGCCCAGGGCUUUCAGAAAGAUUCUUCACAACUCCUAAGACAAUCGAAGAUGUCAUGUGUUAAAACACACAGUGGUUAAAGCUGCAUAAAAUUAUUGUUACUAACAGUGAUUAAAAGAAAAGAAAUCUCCUUGGGGUGAUGGUUUGUUUUUUAUACAUUUAUAUUUAUUCUGUUAAUGUUUUUCUUGAUAUCGCAAAUUUUAAAGAAUGUAUUCAUUCCUUAAAAAUUGGUGGGUUUUAUGUUUUUUUUUGUAGCCAAGUUUGUUUGUAUUGCAGCUGACAAUAAUUGUUUAACUUUAUUUAAAAUACAGGCCUGGAAUUACAGGGAGGUUGGUGAGGUUGCCCAGGGCCACAUUUCACAGAGCCUAUAAUGUAAGCACAACAAUUUGCUUAGCACAGAAAAGUAUUGCUUAACAGAAACAGCCAAAAAUAGUUAAUGGCUUAAAACAGGUUAAGAGCCAAAAUUACAUUCUUGUUGUGGCUUGUGCCCGACUCAAUUAUCACUUAGCAAAGAAAUUUGUCCAGCAGUAUUUUCUGCUUAAAGGGUGUAUGUAGAUUGUACUUUUUGUAGGACAAAAAA